AUGGUGUUUGCAUCGGGUGGUCGCCAGCCGCCACCGCCGCCGUCGCCGCCACUUUCUCCUCCUUCAUCGUACCAGUCCUGGCAGAAGCCGUCCGCGCCGAAGCCCGAGUCCCUGGAGAAUCCCGGUACGGUGGAGGAGCUGUUCAACAAGGUGCGCGAGACACAGCCGAACUGCUUCGAGGGCGCCAAGAUAAUGCUGAACAAGGCGCUGAGCAACCACUUCCAGAUGUCCCACACGAUCCACAUAAACAACACGUCGCCCAGCUACCACUUCCAGAGCAUCUACGCGGGCACCCAGAAGCACACCGCCACCGAAGCGUACCCCGUGCUGCUGGCCGACCUCGACGGACAGGGCAAUCUCAACUGCAACGUCAUCCAUCAGGUCUCGAAGCGAUUGCGCUGCAAGAUCGGCGCCGACUUCCAGCCGGGCGCUCAGAACACGCCCAACCAGGCGACGGCCGACUACCGCGGCGACGACUGUACGUUCUCGCUGACUAUGGCCUCGCCCGGACUCGCCACUCGCUGCGGCAUGAUCGUGGCCAGCCUCCUCCAGUCCGUGGCCCCCCGCUGGGCCGUCGGCGCGGAGUUGGCCUACCAGUGCGGCUACAAUGUGCCGGGCGGCCAGAACGCCAUCGUCUCGAUGGUGGGUCGCUACGACAACGGCCAGUCGAUGUCCUGCGCCAAAAUCGGGCCGACGGGCAUCCAUCUGGGGCACUAUCGGAAGUGCAGCGACCAGCUGCAGAUCGGACUCGAGGUGGAGACCUGUCUGCGCACGAUGGCCUCGGUGGCAACGAUCGCCUAUCAGUCGAAGAUCCAAAAGGGGGACGUUCAGUUCCGCGCCAGCCUCGACACCGGCUGGCGCGUCUGCGGGGAGCUCGAGAAGCGGCUGCAGCACUCCCCCUUCACGUUUCUGCUCUCUGGUUGCAUGAUGCACAAAACGGGCCAAUUUAAAAUGGGAGCUGGGGUGAUCAUUGGCUGA